AUGCUUCUACAGCUUUUCCAGCAGUUUAGUGGAAUCAAUGCUAUUAUGUUCUAUGCACCGGUUUUGUUCCAGACCGUUGGAUUUGGAAGUAACGCAGCUCUUCUCUCUGCGGUUAUCACGGGAAGCAUCAACGUUCUCAGUACGUUCGUAGGGAUCUACCUCGUGGACAGAACCAGUCGGAGGUUCCUUCUUUUACAAUCUUCCGUUCACAUGCUCAUUUCCCAGUUGAUCAUUGGAAUCAUCCUAGCAAAAGACUUGGGUAUCACGGGAACACUCGGGAAGGCACAAGCCAUGGUGGUUGUGGUCUUUGUGUGCGCUUACGUGAUGGGAUUCGCGUGGUCAUGGGGACCUUUAGGAUGGCUAAUUCCUAGCGAGACGUUUCCUCUAGAGACUCGAAGUGCAGGGUUCGCUGUUGCAGUCUCGUGCAACAUGUUGUUCACGUUCGUGAUCGCGCAAGCUUUCUUAUCGAUGCUUUGCGGGAUGAGAUCAGGAAUAUUUUUCUUCUUCAGCGCUUGGAUCAAUGUGAUGGGACUGUUUGCUUUGUUCUUUAUACCGGAGACGAAAGGAGUGGCCAUUGAUGAUGUGAGGGAGAGAGUGUGGAAGCCACAUUGGUUCUGGAAAAGGUAUAUGCUUGCUGAGGAUGAUCAUCAAGAUGUGGAGAAGAGAACUGAAUGA